AUGAAGUUUUCUCAUUCUUUAAAGUUUAAUGCUGUUCCUGAAUGGAGAGAUGAUUAUUUGAACUAUCCAACAUUAAAAAAGAUAAUUUAUAAAUUACAACAAGAACAAAUUGAACAUAACGGAGAUCAAACGCAAGGUUUCAUAGUAGGCACGAAUACAACUACAAUUAGUGAAUUGGUGGAACAUUUUAAAGAUUCAAAUUAUAGUAAAAAUAGUGUUGUCAUUGGCUCAUCUUCAUCUAAAACUAACUUGAAAAAGAGAAUAACAAAGAAUUUAUUUAAUAAAUUUAAGCGUCAAAAUAAAUCUAGUGAUUCAGAUUUAGAAUUGCUUGAAAUACACACAGUUCAUGAAGAUAGUGAUUCAAAUGAUAAGAAAACAAAAUCUCUGAAUGAAAUUGAAUCAUUUGAUAUUGAAAACUCUUCAAUUGAAGCAUCCACGUCAAAUUUAAUCCAAGAUAUUAUAGACAAAGAUGAUGAAUCAUAUUCAAAUUCAAAAUCUAUGACAUUUGAUCCAUUAAAAGCAUUUACUAAAUAUUUAUUAAUUGAAUUGAAUAAAAUCAAUAAAUUUUACCAAGCUAAAGAAAAAGAAGUUUCUAAAAAUUAUGAACAUUUAAUCACUGAUUUAAAGAAGAAUAAUGUUGAUAUCGAUGAAGUUUUCAAAUCUACAAAUGCUUAUGAAUUUGCUCAUCAUAGAAAAUUUUCUGACACUGUUUUUGAAGAUCACGUAGGCACUAGUGCUUCAACUGACUUGGAAAAGCAAGGAGACUAUCAUUAUCAAGUACAAGAAGAUGAUUCAGAAGAUGAUGAAGAUUAUCAUUCACAAGAUUCUGUAUUAUUAAAUCAUACUGAUUUUAAUGUCAAAACUCAAUUAAAAGUUGCAUUGAAAAGAAAAGCAGUUUCAUUAUUUAUUAACUUAUCUGAAUUGAAAUCAUUUAUCGAAUUGAAUAGAAUUGGAUUUACUAAAAUAUGUAAGAAGUUCGACAAGAUCUGUAAUUAUUCAGUUAAACAAGAUUUUAUUGAUAACUUUCUCCCAAAUAAUUCAAAAGUAUUUGAACAUGCUACAAUUCAAAGUUUGGAACAAAAAUUAGAUACUAUUGUCAAAAUCUAUGCAUUUUUAAUAGGAAGUGUUACUAUUAAAACUACAAAAGAAGAUUUAGAAAGUGUUAAAAAUGAAUUAAAAUCAAAUUUAAGAGAUCAUAUUGUUUUUGAAAGAAACACGGUAUGGAAAGAUUUAUUAUCAAUUGAAAAGAAAUCAUACAAUUUAGAUUUGGAUAAUGCAGCUACUCAAAAUAACAAAAUGGGUGAUGAAGCAAAUGCUACAAGUUCGAUGUUGUAUAUGCAAAUGAAAGAAAUCAAAAUUUGGAAAACUAAUAAAGUUAUAAGUUUACCAGCAUUUUUAUUCACUAUACAAAUGGUUAAAAUUUUAAUCACUGUUAUUGCAUUUGUUAUAUUAAUCUCAAUUAAAACUUUAAAUGAUCCAGUUGAAGGUAGAGCAUUAGCUGUUUUAGUCGCUUGUAUUAUUCUAUUUGCAACUGAAGCCAUUCCAUUAUAUGCAACAGGUAUUUUCAUUCCAUUAUUAUGUGUUACAUGUCGUAUUGUUAAAGAUAAUGAUACAGGCAAAGUCAUGGAUGCAACAUCAGCUUCAAAGUAUAUUUUAGGAACUAUGUGGAAUUCAACAAUUAUGAUAUUAAUAGGUGGGUUCACAUUAGCUGCUGCAUUAUCAAAAUAUAAUAUUGCCAAAAUUGCAGCUUCUUGGAUUUUAGCAUUUGCAGGUACUAAACCAAGAAAUGUCAUAUUAGCAAUGAUGUCAUUAUCAUUAUUUUUAUCAAUGUGGAUUUCAAAUGUUGCAACUCCAGUAUUAUGUUAUUCCUUGUUACAACCAUUAUUAAGAACAUUACCUACUGAUUCAGAUACUGCAAAAGCUUUAGUGCUUUGUAUUGCAUUUUCAAGUGGUUUGGCAGGUAUGUCAUCACCAAUUGCUUCGCCACAAAAUGUUAUUGGUAUUACAUAUAUGAGUCCAAAUCCAGGUUGGGGUAAUUGGUUUGCUGUUGCAUUACCAGUUUCAAUAAUAGCCAUGAUAAUAAUUUGGUUGGAAUUGAUUUUUACGUUUAAGGUUAAUAAAGUUAAAUUACAAAAAUUCAAACCUAUUAAAGAUAGAUGGACUGUUAAACAAAUAUUUGUAUUGUUAGUUACUAUAGUUACAAUUAUAUUAUGGUGUGUUGAAUCAAAAAUUGAAGGUACUUUUGGAGAAUCGGGUAUUAUUUCAGUUAUUCCAUUUGUUUUAUUCUUUGGUAGUGGUUUAUUAAAAGUUGAUGAUUUAAAUAUGUAUCCAUGGAAUAUUGUUUUAUUAGCUAGUGGUGGUAUCGCAUUAGGUAAAGCAUUAACAGCAAGUGAAUUAUUGAAAACAGUUGCCGAAUCAUUAGAAAAAAAAAUUAUGGAUUAUGGAGCUUUUUUGAUCAUGUUUAUUUUUGGUGCUUUAGUUUUGGUAAUAUCUACUUUUAUUAGUCAUACAGUUGCUGCAUUGAUUAUUGUUCCUUUAAUUUUAGAAGUUGGUCAAUCUUUAGGUGCACAUACGAAUUUAUUAAUUAUGGGUGUUGCAUUAGGUUGUUCAUCAGGUAUGGGAUUACCUUCAAGUGGUUUCCCAAAUAUGACAGCUGUUGGAUUAAGAGAUCCAGUUGGAAAACCAUAUAUUACUGUGAAUACUUUGAUGACUCGUGGCAUUCCAGCGUCGAUUAUUACAUUUUUAGUUAUUGUAACUGUUGGUUAUGGUAUUAUGAGUAGUUUAGGUCUUUAG